UCCUCAAGUAUGUAAGCGACUUAACACCGCACCGCUAAGCACUAGGCCUACUUUCGUUUCGUGUACUUACCAAACAAGAGAGAUAUGCCGACCUUUGCAAUCUAUACCAAUGUGCCAAAACCUGAGGAUGCGAAUAAGUUUCUUCUGGAUGCAUCUAAAUUCAUAUCAGAAAAAUUAGGGAAGCCGGAAAAGUUCGUGACUGUGCGUUUUCACCCAGACCAGUUGAUGUCUCAUGGAGGUUCUACUGAGCCUUGUGGUAGUGUGGAACUCUACAGUAUUGGCCUUGGUACAGAGAAAAAUAAUGAGCAUACAAAGUCAAUUGGGGAAUUUAUAGCUGAAAAGCUAUCCAUACCAAAAGACAGAUUUUACGUAAAUUUUAUAGACCUCAAAAGGACAGAUGUCGGGAUUGACGGGAAAACAUUUGCUUAAUAUAUAUGUAGGGGUUAUCUCCCUUCUACAUACAAUCCGCAAUACAUGUGAAUAUCAGAGUUACUUCCCUUGUAUCACUCGUCGAUGUACACUUUCACAGGUUGUGUGGAAGUUAAUGUCCUAAUGGAAAACUUCCAUAAACACAUUGUCCAUGUCUUCAUUAUUGUACCAAUACUAUUAUGUAUUCGUUGCUUGGUGUAGCACUUUACAUGUGACAAUGUGUUUGUUUUAAGACUAGUACCUUGAAACACUUGGUUAUUGGAACCUGAUAGUCCUAAGAGAGGUUAGUCAGAUGCUUCUUGGAGAAAUUUACUUGAAAAUGGAAUAAAGAUUUCAAAACAUGCA